AGCACUGAGGCAGCUCCUGGUAAUUCCCAAGGGGCCAGGUCACCAGGCUCUGCCCUUGGCCCCAUGGACCCUAGGAGAAGGUCCCCGUCCACCUGCUCCUCGCGAUCCCCCAGUCCCAGGACCCCACCCUGUGAAAUACUUGGUUACGUGGGCAUCGAGGCUGUGUUGGACCAGUUGAAGAUCAAGGCCAUGAAGAUGGGGUUUGAGUUCAACAUCAUGGUGGUAGGGCAGAGCGGACUGGGUAAAUCCACUAUGGUGAACACCUUGUUCAAAUCCAAAGUAUGGAAGUCACCCCUGCCGGGCUUGGGGGGCCCCAUACCCCAGACGCUAAAGCUGCAGUCAAUGACCCAUGUCAUUGAGGAGAAAGGGGUGAAGCUGAAGCUGACAGUGACUGACACACCAGGCUUCGGGGACCAGAUCAAUAAUGACAAAUGCUGGGAGCCCAUCCUGGGCUACAUCAAUGAGCAAUAUGAGCGGUACCUGCAGGAGGAGAUCCUCAUUACCCGCCAGCGCCAUAUCCCUGACACACGGGUGCACUGCUGUGUGUACUUCGUGCCGCCCACUGGUCACUGCCUGCGGCCCCUCGACAUUGAGUUCCUGCAGCGACUGUGCCAGGUAGUCAACGUGGUGCCUGUCAUCGCCCGGGCAGACAGCCUGACCCUGGAGGAGCGAAACACCUUUAAGUGCAGGAUCCAGCAAAAUUUGAAGACCCACUGCAUAGAUGUGUACCCCCAGAAACGCUUCGAUGAAGACCCCAAUGAUAAAAUCCUCAACAGCAAGAUUCGGGAACGGAUCCCCUUUGCCGUGGUGGGGGCUGACCGAGAGCACUUCGUAAAUGGGACAUGUGUCCUGGGCCGGAAGACCAAGUGGGGCAUCAUUGAAGUGGAGAACAUUGCACACUGUGAAUUUCCACUCCUGAGAGACCUGCUUAUCCGGUCCCACCUGCAAGACCUGAAGGACAUCACCCACAAUGUCCAUUACGAGAACUAUCGCGUUUGCAGACUCAACGAGAGCCACGUGCUGCCCCGCGGGCCAGGCUGGGUGAAACUGACCCCCGCACCCGCUGGCUCCCCGCUCAUCCCCAGGUCCUCCAAGUCCCACAGGCGGAUCCAAGAGGACUAG